CCCCGCGGCCGCCGCACCGACAAGAUGGCGGCGGGUGGGAGCGGCGGGCGCGCGUCGUGCCCGCCGGGGGUCGGCCCGGGCGCGGGGGGCGGCCCGGGGCCCAGCGCCAACGCCGCCGCGGCCCCCGGCAACGCGGCCGCCGCCGCCGCCCCGGCCCCCGCCGCCCCCGGGCCGCCCCCCGCGCCUGCGCCUGCGCCGGGGCCGGGGCCGGGGCCGGGGCCGGGGCCGGGGUCGGGGCCGGGCGCGCAGGCCGCGGCGGGCGGGGAGCGGGCGGCCGAGGAGCCGGGGGCGGCGGCGCUGCUGCGCGAGCCCGUGUACAACUGGCAGGCCACCAAGCCCACGCUGAAGGAGCGCUUCGCCUUCCUCUUCAACAACGAGGUGCUCUGCGACGUGCACUUCCUGGUGGGCAAGGGGCUCGGCGCGCAGCGCAUCCCGGCGCACAGGUUCGUGCUGGCCGUGGGCAGUGCCGUGUUCGACGCCAUGUUCAACGGGGGAAUGGCCACCACGUCCACGGAGAUCGAGCUGCCCGACGUGGAGCCGGCCGCCUUCCUGGCGCUGCUCAAGUUUCUCUACUCGGAUGAGGUUCAGAUCGGACCCGAGACCGUCAUGACCACGCUGUACACCGCCAAGAAGUACGCGGUGCCCGCGCUCGAGGCCCACUGCGUGGAGUUCCUGAAGAAGAACCUCCGGGCUGACAACGCGUUCAUGCUGCUCACGCAGGCACGACUGUUCGACGAACCGCAGCUGGCCAGCCUGUGCCUGGAAAACAUCGACAAGAACACCGCCGACGCCAUCACUGCCGAGGGCUUCACGGACAUCGACCUGGACACGCUGGUGGCCGUGCUGGAGCGGGACACCCUGGGCAUUCGCGAGGUGCGCCUGUUCAGCGCCGUCGUGCGCUGGUCCGAGGCCGAGUGCCAGCGGCAGCAGCUGCCCGUGACGCCCGAGAACAAGCGCAAGGUGCUGGGCAAGGCGCUCGCCCUCAUCCGCUUCCCGCUCAUGACCAUCGAGGAGUUUGCCGCAGGGCCCGCGCAGUCGGGCAUCCUCGUGGACCGCGAGGUGGUCAGCCUCUUCCUGCACUUCACCGUCAACCCCAAGCCGCGCGUCGACUUCAUCGACCGGCCGCGCUGCUGCCUCCGCGGGAAGGAGUGCAGCAUCAACCGCUUCCAGCAGGUGGAGAGCCGCUGGGGCUACAGCGGCACCAGCGACCGCAUCAGGUUCUCGGUCAACAAGCGCAUCUUCGUGGUUGGCUUCGGGCUCUACGGCUCCAUCCACGGGCCCACGGACUACCAAGUGAACAUCCAGAUCAUCCACACGGACAGCAACACCGUCCUGGGCCAGAACGACACGGGCUUCAGCUGUGACGGCUCCGCCAGCACCUUCCGCGUCAUGUUCAAGGAGCCGGUGGAGGUGCUGCCCAACGUCAACUACACGGCCUGCGCCACGCUCAAGGGCCCAGACUCCCACUACGGCACCAAGGGCCUGCGCAAGGUGACGCACGAGUCCCCCACGACGGGGGCCAAGACGUGCUUCACGUUCUGCUAUGCGGCCGGAAACAACAACGGCACGUCCGUGGAGGACGGCCAGAUCCCCGAGGUCAUCUUCUACACCUAGGCCACCCGGCCCGAAGCCACCUGAUGCAAGUAGGCCGCCCCCACCCACGCCGCGCCCCCGCGGUCCCCAUGCUGUGUGCGCUCCCCGCCGCGGUCCCGGGCGUCAGGAGAGGGUCUCUGCUCCGUGCGGCGAGCCUGGCCGCCUGCUGAGGAGCCGGCGGGGGCUGCGAGGCGGUCCCUCAGGACUCGGGGGGCAGGGCUGGCCUGGACCCGGCCCGAGCUGAGGGUCCACGGGCCCCAGUGCUGCCCGCCGCCCGCCUGGCCACAGGAUUGAUCGAUUCCGCGUCACGUUCUCUCACCGCACACGGCAAUGCACCCUGGAUUCCCAUUCCCCGGUAGGCGGGCUGUGGGGGCGCCCCUAGUGCGUUUGCUUGGGGUCUCGUGUUCUGGUCCGUUCAGUGGGGACGCUGAGGCCACGCUGACCCCGGCCCCCGGCACACUGGCCGAAGCCCCCCGACCCCGAGGUCCUGCAGGCUGGCUUUGUGCCAGGCCCAGGCCCACCCGGUGGGCCCCGUGAGCCGCGGGCGUGGACCUCAGGCCGUCUUCCCGGCCAGGCAGCGCCGGGGGUCAGCCAUGGUGGCCAGGUCCCCGCCUGCCCCCUGUACAUACUGCAGCCCUGCCCCACCCGGCCUCUGAGUGAGCACUGUGGCCAGAGGUGCUGGAGGGCGCAGCCCCUCCCCUGUCCCCCCCCCCACCCCCCCCCCCCGUGUUUCCACCCCAGUGAUCUUCCUGGAAAGUCCUCCCCAAAGCCAUGGAAGGUGUGCCCUCCUCACACCAUACCCUCAAAGGAUUUUUUUUAAAUAAAGGAAAGAAACAUAACCGCCCUGAGUGCUUCUUCCUGUCGGAGGCAAUGGGGCAGGACCCUGGCAGCUGAGAUCUGGCUCUUCGCUCUGCAGCCGUUUCUCCCACCUUAAGAUUGGGGGCGCCCAGGAAGGGCCUGUGACUUCCGUCUGGGUCUAGAAUCCGGCUCCUGACAGACGUCCCAGCCUCGGGGCACCCAGAGCCAUUGGGCACUCUCCCCAUGCCCUGUCCUCUGCACCAACUUCUGGUCUGCCCAUCACACCCCUGCUGUCCAGCAAGGGGGGCCCCCAGGGAAGGCUCUGCUGCAGCGCGCCGCGCCUACACCUUGCUGGCUCUGCCCUCUGGCCCUGGGACCGCGCCUGGCACACGGGAGCUCCCUAGGCUGUGCCUGUGCAGCGAGGGUAACCUGACCCGGGCCCCCCACCUGGCUCCGCCCUGCGCGGCAGGGAGUUCCUGACAACAGGCAGAGAACAGGGCCUGACAGCUAAAAAUCUACCCAAAUGAAUAAAGACAUCAAUCAGCACAUUUAAAAAUCUCAAUGACCCAAAGUGAGAUAAAUUUAAAAAUAUUUUUAGAAAUUAGGGCAGCCUGGGUGGCUCAGGGUUUAGCGCCUGCCUUCAGCCCAGGGUGUGAUCCUGGAGACCCAGGAUCAAGUCCCGCAUCGGGCUCCCUGCAUGGAGCCUGCUUCCCCCUCUGCCUGUG